UAACUCACUGACCAUGACACGCAAAAGCCUCUCUUUCCAACAGCAAUCUGCUUUUGUAUUCUUCUUGACAGUCACAGGAAACCUCUUCACUCCCUGAGCCUCUUCAAUUCUCUCUCUCCCUCUCUUUCUGUCUGUGGCCGUGCCCUCUCUCCAUCCCCAUUUCUCUCUCUUCCCUCCCUCUCUCCGGAUUGAUGUCACAUCCUGUAGCUGCUCCUGGAUUCAGCUCCAGCUCCGACUUGAGGGGAUUCGCUCCGGAUCCUCGGCUCCCGGUGCCCCCGGGGCUGACAUGCGGCUGCGGCCGGGAGCCUGAACGGGACCGACGUGCCGAGAGAGCGGGGGCCGUGCGGAGACACCGGCAGCGGAGCGGGAGAGGGAUGGAGCCGGAGCAAAGGAGGGGGCGCGGCCGCGUCCGGAUCCUCACCCUCGGGAUUCUGCUGCUCAGCAGCCAGCUCAGCCAGGUAUUACCAGACAAUGCUGAAGAUGGUUGGCGUGUAUUCAGCUCUGCCCCAGACAGUGAGGGCAGGUGUAUCUGCACUGUGGUGGCACCCCAGCAAACUCUCUGCUCACGUGAUGCCCGCACCAAACAACUGAGGCAGCUCCUGGAGAAGGUGCAGAAUAUGACCCAGUCCAUCGAAGUUCUGGAUCGCCGAACCCAGCGAGAUCUGCAGUAUGUGGAGAAAAUGGAGACACAGAUGAGAGGCUUGGAAACAAAAUUCAAACAGGUGGAGGAGAGUCACAAAGCGCAUCUCUCCCGACAGUUUCAGGCCCUAAAAUCGAGAAUGGAUGAACUGUUGCCUUUAAUCCCCGUGCUGGAACAGUAUAAAGCUGACGCCAAGUUGGUGUUGCAGUUUAAGGCGGAGGCGACGAACCUGACGGCUGUAUUGGCCGAGCUUCAGGAGGAGAUCGGGCCGUUCGACUACGAGGAGCUCCUGGCCAGAGUCUCCAAUCUGGAGAACAGGUUACGAGCCUGCAUGCAAAAAUUAGCAUGCGGCAAACUGACGGGAAUCAGCAACCCAUUCACCGUGAAAACAUCUGGAUCGAGGUUCGGUGCCUGGAUGACAGAUCCCGCCUCACCGGAGGGGGACACAAAGGUUUAUUACAUGGAUGGUUACCAUAACAACCGCUUUGUGCGUGUUUAUAAGUCCCUGCAGGAUUUCAUGGGUACGGACAAUUUCACAGUGUAUCGUCUGCCUCAUCCCUGGUCUGGUACUGGUCAAGUGGUCUACAACCAGACCCUGUACUUUAACAAAUACCAGAGCCACAUCCUCAUCAAGUUCCACAUUCCCACUGAGCGGUUGCUGACUCAGAGGAGCCUGGACUACGCCGGCUACAAUAACAUGUACCCAUACUCCUGGGGAGGCCAUUCUGACAUCGACUUGAUGGUGGACGAGGGCGGGCUCUGGGCAGUCUAUGCCACCAAUCAGAAUGCUGGGAACAUCGUCAUCAGCAAGCUGGACCUGGGAACGCUGGAGGUGAUCCGGAGUUGGAACACAGGCUAUCCCAAACGGAGUGCAGGGGAAGCCUUCAUGAUCUGUGGCACUCUGUACAUGACCAACUCACAUCUGGGUGGAGCCAAGGUUUACUAUUCAUACAACACCAACACUUCCACCUACGAAUACACUGACAUCCAGUUCCAUAACCAAUACUCUCACAUCUCCAUGUUGGAUUAUAACCCCAAAGACCGAGCCCUUUACACAUGGAAUAAUGGUCACCAGGUUCUAUAUAAUGUCACGCUGUUCCACAUCAUUAAAUCUGACGAGUUAUAAGGCCAUACAAAUUCUUUCCUUUCCACAAUGAUACAGUCAGUAUAGCGAUAUAUAGAUCUGUAAGACCUGUGCAGGUGUUUAUAUAUAUUCUGUAGAAAGGACAUGUAGCAUCACUGAAGUUUUAGUUUGGUUUCUGGGCUGUUCCUGUCUCCACAUGAGGGGCUUUACUCAAUUAGCUGAUAUCCAGCUCAAUUCUCAACUCAAAACAGUAGAUCAAUGGACGAGAUACUACCUCCCUCCCACUUUCCCUCCCUCCCUCUAUGUUCUCAUACACUCUUCCUCUAUUCCUUCCUUCCCCCUUGUCCAUCCUCUCCCUCACCACUUUCAUCCUGAUUCCCUCCUCACUCCCCCUCCCUAUCUUCCUCUUCUUUCCCCUCCCUCACUUUCUCUCCCUGCCUAUUCACCACCUACCCACAUCGCCUUCCUCCACAGAGCUUCCAGUGUUGAGGAUGGUAGGACACAGAUUGUUGCCGUUGAGCAUGGGACCCACAGCAGGAGCAGCCACAGGAACCAAGCCCACUGAUGAGUCAGAGAUCUCCUUGCUCAAUCUUCAAUACUUUGGCGAAUUGCAAGGGGCAGGGAGUAGAACAAUUCCCCAUCUCUCUUCCCCCACAAUUGAAAACACUCCACCUCUGCAAAAAACUGUCUCUUCUACCGGUUACCAUGGGACUGGCUUACUCUAGACAUGCAGCUGUCGGCUAAUUGGACUUCACCCUCACUGUCACUGGACUACAACCUUCUGCAGUGUUCCUCAGCUGCCUCAUUGUUACCUAAAGGAAGUUACUAUUUAAUCUGAAGAGAUGUAAUUAUUUGAGAAACAGUUUCAGCAUCAAGUCCAUUGUGCGAUGAAUUGUGUGUCACAGCUUGUCAGUGACACAGUGUAAAAGCCCAGUUAACAUCUGUGUGUUGGAUAACUACUGUGUCAGCUGCAUCAGAUUAACUCGACUAUAUUCCCUAUCCUAGCACCUGGUACUUUAAGACUCUGUUCUGAAUUCAACCCAGGUUGAUUUGUAGAGUUUAAUAUUUCAUAUCAGUCCGUCCUGUUGCGCAAAUCACUUCAUCACAUUAAUUAAUUCUCCUCCAAUUAUCAACUGUCAAAAUAUUGCUUCAUUCUUUUGCAAAGCUGUAGGUUUGUGAGAGUGAAGGUGAGUGAGCGUACCUGUGCAUAUGUAUUUGUGAGUGUUUACAUUUCUGAUGUCAGUCUGUGUGUGCACCAUCAAUCUGUACAUCUGAGUCUGUCUCCGCGUAUACCUGUGUUUGUCUUUGUUACUGUAUACAUGUGUCUGUAUAUGAGGCCAUUUUGUGUGCAUAUGGUUGGGUGGAGGUGUGUCCAUAUCCAUGAGUGUGUACGUUGGUGUCUACACAUCUCUUUUGGCCUCUGCCAGUCAGCGUCUGUCAGUUUAUGCAGAAGACCUGGUUUGUAUCGGAGUGGUUGAUGAAUGUGUGUCAUUGUCCUUACGGGCAUCUGGUGUAUUGUUUAUGUGGCGGUGUGUGUAUGUCUUUCUCUCUCUGUGACUGGGUGUGCAUCAAUGUCUGGCAGUUUGUCUCAGUCUGUCAAUCCGACAGUGUGUGUGUGUGAAUGAGAUGGUCUGUGUGUGUGAGGUUUUGAGUGUGUGUGAAUGUGUUGGUAUAUGUGAGUGUGAGG